CGUGUGUAGUCAGCGUAAUAAUGAAUAGAUAAUUUUUAUAAUUUAAACUGAUAUAUAUACUCUGUUCUACACUUUUAGUGCACUCUUCGAACAGACCUACUACGAUCCACUCUCUGACAAGUUAAAUUUGUGGAUUGUGUAUGAGAACGAUAUGACAAAGUAAAUGCUAAAAGUCAAGAGAAAAACAAGCAACCAAAAACGUAAAGUCCUUCCAAACAGCAAUCAGUUUAUUUUGCAACAGACGUAUUUAGAAAAGUAUUCAUAAAAAAAUCAGAAAUCAGAAAAAAACUUCUUGGAGGCAAACCAAAAUGGUAUUGCGGUCGGGCAUAAUUAUCCCUUUUCAAUUCCGUGACAACAAGAAGCUGCUGAUGAUUGGGGUACCUGAGGAAAACCGUAAUCUGAACAUCUGGGAUUUGAGGAAUGUUGUGAGGGCAGCAUUUGGAAUUUAUAACUUUGAAUUUCGAAACAAGAAGAUUGGAUUCAAUAUUCCCGAUGAGUUGCUAUUGCACUAUUUAGCUCAACGUCAUGAUCUUACCAAUUUCGUUAUAGAAAUUGGUCAAGCUAAUCUAUGUGAGGUUUCACAAAAUAACGGAAUGAUGCAUUCGCCUUCAGCGGAAAGCUUUAUGGCGUCUGACGGUACCAUACGUUUACACGAAAAUGAUCACAUCCUGAACGUCAACAGACAAGAAUGUGGAGAUCUGUUUGAUAACAAACAACUCAAGUAUCCGAAAGUCAUAAAAGUUUGCGAUGCGCAAAACAUUUUGUCUAAUGAUUAUGAAACACUAAAGAAGGAUCGUGCUUACCAAGAGUACUCAGAACAAGUAUCAAGAUCUGAAUUGCAAUCAAUUACUGAUGAGCGUACAGAUCCCAAAACAGACCAGAGUGCGUGCGAAUUCGAACGACAGUAUGAGAUGAAAGUUGACGAUAACCAGGAUGAGCAGAGCCACAACCCGCAGAUAUUUUGCCCACGGCCACCAUUUAAAUUUAGAGACGGGACUGAACGUUUACAACACGAAUAUGCUCUACAACAACACCAACAACAACAACAUUUCGAGGCCCUGAUGCAAGAGAAUAAUACUGGAAAUAGCUUUAGACAACGUAAGGAGCGGAUGUCGAAAAAGCAAAAAGAAAUAUAUGUCAAUUUUAUGGAACAGAAUCCCGCUAUAAACGAACAUCGGCGGAGCGACCCCAUAUUAGAUCAAUAUUGGGUAAAGUUAGCUGAUAUUCUAAACUCAGUGCCACAAGGUGCUGUAAAGCACGUAGCGGAGUGGAAACAGACUUUCGAUAACUGGCGGUACCGGGUGUUCUUGUAUGCUCGCUAUAACUCAAAAAUCACAGGCGCGGACGCAUUGAAUCCAAAAAGCUUUAAGCCUCUAACGCAAACGGAUAAACGGGCAUACCACUUUUGGAUAAGAAACCCCGAUACAGCUCCACCUGACUUAGAAAAAAUGCGAAAUGUAUUUGUAAAUCUAGAGGAAACUCAACAAGAAUAGGUGUAGUCCUCUUUCUCCCGUGACCGACUAAAGAGUAGGAACGAUAGUAAAAUUGAGAAUCCUAUGUAUUUAUGUACUACCUAAGGCUAUUAAAUUUUUGUCAUACAAAUAUAAUAAGAAAUAAUUUAACUAAAAUGUUGACUUUAUUUUUAAGAAAGUAAAAGUUUAAUUUCCGACCAUCAAUGAACACUUUAUGUCACAAAUAGAUAUAGAUUUGGUAAUGGAGCACGUAAAGACCUGCAAUAUACAGGCAGGGUGGGGCCACCAAACUUUGCGCGAAGGUCAAAUUUCUAUUAAACCCAUCAAGUGAGGGUUAAUUCGCGUUCUGCGUUAAUUUUAUUAAUGCCCUGGAUCAUUUUAAUAAAAAAAUUUACAAG